ACCGGAUGUGACAUUGUCUACGUCAGCAGGCUGUUCCCGACAGAAAAAAACCCAAACAAAACCGUUUGGUGUGUCGUAGAUUAUUGACGCGGCUGUGAGGGUUUCACUCCUACAUGUUUGUUUUCAGCCAUUGUCUUGUCUUGCCAUAUUUUUCUGUACAGAAUGUAAUUAGCUUUCAUUAGCAAAGGGUUAGCCUCCGUGGAGCUACAGCACCUAACAGCGGGGAGUUAAUCAGCGUUGACGCUUUUAAAAGUUCGUGGUUUAGAGCUGCAAGACGAGUUCUAGAGAGGAGACACAGCUUCUGGCCAAGGUGUCUGCAGCAUCGCUCCAGCUCUGCAUUUGAUCAGAGGAUGAUUUACGUCUGGCUCCAGCGUCGUAUAACAGAAGAUACGGGUUAUACCGCUGAACCCUUGACCUACUUGAAGAUGUGAAGGUUGCAAAGCAGCAGGAUUGUUAAGAGGAGAAUCCCAAUGUUCCCUGUCCAACAGAACUCCAGUUUGGACCAGCAGAGUCUUCUCAAGAUAAAGGAGGAAGAGGAGGAGCAGUGGAUCACUCAUGCAGGAGAACAGCCUACUGUUAGGGAGGAAGAAGAAGAGAAACCUCAGUUAUCAGAGCUUCAUCACCUCAAAACUGAAGACAACAAAGAGAAUGAAGCUUCAACCAGCAGCUUAGCUGAACAGGAAACCGAACCUGAUGAAGAGGACUGUGGGGGACCAGAACCAGAUCUGAAAUACUGCAUUCAGCUAGAUGCUGAUGAAAUUGCUACAGAUUCCUCUGCAACUGAAGUCAGUGAUGAUGACUGGCAAGGUCCUUUAUCAGGUUCUGAAAUGGAAACUAAAAAUAGUUUUAAUAUUAAGGAGGGCCCCGAACCUCAGUCAGAGUCUGGUAAACCAUCUGUCUACAAGCUCUCUCUUCAGAUGGAAAAAAGCUCUUCCAUCUGUUUGGUUAAAAACAAAUGUCUUGAAGUUGAAGACAGAGUGGAUUCUCGUUCAGUUCAGGCUGGUCACAAACGUUUUGCUUGUGAUAUUUGUGGAAGACAUUUUAACCAAAAGGAAAAUCUGGAGACACACAUGAUGGAUCACAAGCAAGAAAAAACAUUUACCUGUGAAGAAUGCGGUAAAAACUUCAAAAGACAUUUACAGCUUACAAAUCACCUUAGAAUUCACAGAGGUGAGAAGCCUUUUGGUUGUGAUUUUUGUGGUAGGGGAUUCAUGGUAAAUAGUGCCCUUCAAGCACACAAGAGAAUCCACUUAGGAGAGAAACCGUUUGGUUGUGACGUUUGCGGUAAAUCAUUUCAUUUAAGGAGGAUUCUGAAAAUGCACAUGAAAGUUCACUCAGUAGAAAAACCAUUUAAUUGUACAAUGUGUGAAAAACGAUUCAAAUGUCCAUAUAUUCUUAAAAAACAUUUGAGCCUCCACUCUGGACUGAAGCCCUUUGUUUGUGGUGUUUGUAGUAAAGCCUUUUCACAAGAAGAAACCUUAAAGACACACAUGGUUGUUCACACCACAGAGAAACCAUACUUGUGUGAUAUUUGUGGUAAAAGUUUCAAAUAUAUGUCCUAUGCUCGUAAACACAAACUAUUUCACAGUGGUGAGAGUGGACAUAGCUGUGAUGUUUGUGGUAAAACAUUUAUUUUAAAGCCUGCACUCAUGUCACACAUGAGGAGUCAUACAGGGGAGAAACCGUUUUCCUGUGAUGAUUGUGGAAGAAAGUUUCAUGUUAAGGCAAACCUUAAACAGCACAUGAGGGUCCAUUCAGGUGAGCGGCCAUUUGCUUGUGAUAUCUGUGGUAAAAGAUUUAAUAGAAAAACACAUCUUAAAGUCCACGCAAGGAUACAUUCUGGAGAAAAACCAUUUUUGUGCAAUAUUUGUGAAGAAAGAUUUCGAUUUCAGAACAAUCUCAAAACACACAUGAGAGUCCACACAGGAGAGAGGCCUUAUGUUUGUAACAUUUGUAGUAAAGGAUUUUCACGACAAGAGCAUCUGAACAAACACAUUGUUGUUCACACACCAGAAUAACCUUUCAGUUUUAGUCAUUGUGGUCAAAGCUGGAUAGUUCCUUAAACUGGAAGUUUAAAAUGUAGAACGUGCUCCGUUAAAACUUAAAUGAUGCAGGAAACAUGAUGCAUAACUGAUCAGCAUAAUAAAGGGUUUUCUACACAGGGUCAUCAUUAAUCAACCUUAGGACAGCUUUCUAGGAAGUCUUAGGCUUAUAUGACAAGCAUAAUUUUAAAAAAUAUGUUACCAUUUUACAUAUUCAUAUGCAUUUAUAUGCACAUUCAUGUGCACACCAGUUUGGAAAAAAUAGCAUACCUUACAAGAGCUUGAUUUGUUUUUUAAACAUAUAUUGCCAUGGAUAUUUAUUAUUAGUUUUAAUAAAUAGCAGAAGCUCAAGUUGAAUAGAUCAACAAUAUAAACUGAAGGAAAUACUGUCAAAAAAUCUGGAAAAAGUCUUAAAGCAUACACUUUUUGUUAUCACAUCUGGUGCACAUGUUUCUGACAUUAG